GACAAAGGUAUGGCAGUGAUUUUAAUGGGACUUGCUGGGAGUUGUUCGGACACGAAAGCAGCCGGUCAUACAACUAAACCAGCUGAGCCAGACUAAACGCAAGCACGGUUCAGGUUCGGAGGUGCACUGGCGUCGGAGGUCUACGAGGAGCACUUGAAGGCAACGCAGAGCCGCGUGUGCGUCGCUGUCGGAGCAAAACUUCCAGCCCGAUGUGACUGUCUUCCCACUUGUGGAUGCAAGGAGGACUAAACCCAACACGUGCAUUAGUGAGACAAGCAUGUAGAGCGGAUCGAUCUAGAACAGACUGAAAAACGGGUUCAUUUUUAACACGGCCGGGAAAUAUUCUUCUGUGUCUAAUUAAGGGAGUUUUUGUUCUUACCAAAAUCAUGUUCACAACCUACGUAAAGAAUCUGAAUGAUAUGGUAUUUUCCACGUCGGAGAGCCCUGAGGAGCAGCAGAGCACUGGAGUCUUGGGGCGCAUCGGGAGCUGGCUCUCUCCAUGGAGGGGAAAAGUUCCAACUAGUCCCAGUGAAAAUGCCCCUGCGAUUAGCGGUCAGGCUCUCAAGUCAGAGGAAGAAAAGGAGAGCGAGGAAUCUGUGAGACUCAGGACAGGGACACGAGAGUCGGAGCAGCAGGAGGCGAAGGGCCGACCCUCCAAUCGCAAUCCACUCCGUCUCUCUGGAGACGUUUUCCCUUGUGAAGCGUUGGACGCCACUCAGUCUGCCCACAGAGGCGGCUCUGUUGUGAGCAGCGCUGAAAAAGCAGGAGGAGAUCCAAAGAAGGAGGAGCUUGUGGAGUGCAGGGAGGAGAGAGUCGUGCAAGGCAAGCAGAGGGAGGAGAGCGGCAGCGGGAAUCCGGAGACAAACGCCCGCCAGGUGACACAUCUGUCCUCCUCCGCAGAGCAGGGCGCGGUCAGGGAGUCUGACCUUGCCCCCGGCCCGCCUCAAGCGGAGAGACAGGCCCAGGCAGGCCGGAGGCUCCACGUGUACCUGGAGGAGACCAGCGUCACUCACUGCGAGCAGAACCCCUGCGCUGGACAGGACAUCGUCCGAGUCACGAAAAGGGACCUAAACGUCCUCGCCAAAGCAAAUUCAUCGCCGAGUCUCGGUUUGAGCGCGAGUUCAACAAGAGCAGAGAACAAAAAGACAAAUGUGAGGCCCGUGGUCGGGGGACAGAGUUAUUACAGCGCCCUAGUGGGGGUUUCGCUGAAAUCACACAAAGAGUCGCAGUCAGAGCCUGAACCUGAAGGACCACCGGAGGCUGACAGCAUGGGGCGUAAAAACGCAACCAAAAGGAAAGUCCGAAAGAACUCUCAGGUAGAAGAAGGCCACAGCUCCCAGGAAAAAAUGCCCCCCAGCGUCCAACCUGUCCCGGAGGGAAUCCCAACAACAGACAACCCAGUGACCAGCCCUAAGGCAAAAAGUCCAAAGUCUGACAUGGGAGAGUCCUCUGUAAACUCCUCCUCCUCCAAGCCCCACGCCUCCUCUCAGGCUUCACCUGAAGGAGCAGAGAAUAAGUCUUCCUGCCCUGAUAAAGCCGAGCCGUCGGACAACAAGCAGGACUCAAACUCGGUCGUCGCGGCCGCCCCGGCACGUGCGGCUCACGCGGGCGCAGACAUGGAGGUCGACAGCACCGUUUACAGAGUAGAGCGAAAGACGGAGACGCCCGAGUCCAAACGCCUGAGUAUGAAGGUUUCUCGAAGUGAGGUGAAGCUUUUUACAAAAAAUGUGCCUUUGAAUCCAAAGAAAGAUCCAGACGCAGGCACCCAGGAAACUGAAGCAGCCUUGAAGAAUCAAAAGGAUGAAGCAAAGGAUUACCUGAAAACAGAGAGUGAUGCCGGACUGCACAAGCUACACCAGAAAACCGACGAGGGGCCCAAGCCAUCCGUUGGCCGCAUUUCGGAUAAAAUCAGCCUCUUUGAGGGCCCGGCAGCGGGAGUUAACAAGCGGACGGUACAAAGUCAGAGGAGCGUCGACAGCUCUCCAGGCAGGAAGGCCCCGGAGAGGCUGAAGGCCGACCUAUUGCGGUCAGAAAACAGGUCGAGAUCAGCUGAUCGUUCCAGCCCAGCCAGGUCCGGCUCGCCGUCACCCGCUGCGGACAAACCGAUGGCGACCGAGGAGCGACCGAGGAACUUUGUGUCGGCAACCGAAACCAAGACCAAGCCGGUGCCGCCUCGAAAGCCAGACGCUGCAGGAAUGUCUCAACAGGCUACCUCGUCUGUUGUAGAGGCCGUCUCAAAGUCAUCAAAGGUGGACAAUCAGGGUCAACUGGAUACUGAAAAGCAAAUACAGCAAGCAAAGCCUGAGAUAGCAUUAAAACCGGAUGGACAACAUAUCGCCGCUGUAGGGCUAGAGAUUUGCAUUCCAAAAGAACAAUCAACAGACUCCAAUUCAAACAGAAAAGUGGCCUCGAGAACAUCAUAUCGGGGCACAAAAUCUAACAGUCUUGAAAUAAAUGUUCCGGCUAAAGGGCCCGGCGAUGAACUGACUGAUGGCAUCAGCCCACAGUCCAAAGGCCCGAGCAGAAAAGCCUCCCGCUCCAAAAGGAGAAAAAGUCUGGAACCCACCAGUCCCAUUAGUCCAACUAGUGAAAAGAAACCGGAUCGCUCCGAAAAACCAGAGCUCACUGCUAAUGAACAGGCACAGGUGGAUGAGGCUGCUUCGGCCUCCAAACCACUCACGGAGAAAGCCUCAUUACUGUCUACCGAUACCGAGCAGAAGGCAUCGCAGAAAGAGCCAGAGGUGUUAUUAAGUCAAAAGAAGAAGUUGGAUUCUUCAUUUAAAAAGAAGAGUAUUGAUAAACUAGUGACCAGACAGGAGGGAAUACCCGAGCCAUCAAUCAAAAAGGAUGAACCUGAUAAGGCUGCUAGCAGCAGUGGAACCAAGGCGCUUACCGUCAAGGAUCCUGUUAUUUCACCUCAAAAGGAGAAAGAGGCAGGAGAACACAGCCACUUAUUCCCACAGAGGAGAGAAAAGGCCUCCAAGGAAAGCACAGAGACUUCCGCCUCCUCCCCCUCAGCGGUGGAACAAGACAUUAACAAGACGGGUUUGAAUGAGCAGGAGCCACGUGUCGAACGGCCGAAAAAAGAAUUGUCAGUGCGGGAAAAAUCUACCGAGCCGGAUAAAAAAGACACGGCGCAAACACAGAAGGACAUCGACUUCAUAGAUCCGGCUAUGAGAAAAGAUGCUGGCAAAUUGGAACAGGCUGAGAGCGAAAAAACCAAUCAGCCCGAGAAGCAUAACAAAGACAAAGCACAGCAGCUCCCAGCCGCGGCUUGUGAGAGCGGACCGGGUUUCUCAGAGACAGAGGCGUGUGCUGCGGGGAAAGAUGAAAUAACGAGUUCCGAAGGAAAAGAUGAGACUCAGCGAGCUAAAGUCACCACAAAGCCAGAAUCAAAUCGCCCAGAGACAGACUCUCCGUCCUCAGAACCGGACAGUGCGUCGGCCCAGAAACAAGGCGCCAGGCAAACGAAGGCCGCCAAUCAAAAAGCCGCGGUUUGUGCCGUGCCCCAAACGAACGAGGCGGCGAGUGCGACCGAGGCAGCCGCGGCGCCGGCGCCUCUGAGAGCGGAGGCGGCGCCUGGGCCUCGACGGUCGGCGACGAGACCCGCGGAAGGCCCCGCAGCGGCGAGGGAGCCCGUGGUGGUCGCCGCGGCGCCGGAGAAAACACAGAACUCCCCAGACGACCCGGGGGCUCGGCUCCCGAGCCCGAAGCCAAUUGCCACGGCGACGACGGCCGCCGAGAAAGCGCCAGCGCUGACCACGGCACAUGCCGCUGGCGCGUCACCCAAGGAGUCGUCGGGUGGGACGUUUUCGCCUCCUUCAGUCUCCAAAUGGCUGAGCGGCGAUGCAGCGAGGCGGGAUGCUGGGGGGAAAAGUUCAACUGUCAAACCAGUGCCCUUAAGAGACUCGGGAGACGUAACGAAACCAGCUCCAAGACCUCAGAAGUGUGAAAGAUCUCCAGAUAUGGAGAGUACAAGUGCUGCUUCCAAGCCCGCGGGCGAUGUGGUAGAGAAGACAGUAGAGAAAACGCACCAUUCACUAGUGAAUGAACCUCCACCCGUUGCUAAUUGGGAAAUCUCCCCACGUUCACAGCUGGAAAAGGAACAGGUCAGGAACAAGCCAGGAAAAUCUCCGCCAGCUAAUGAGGCGACGCCAGGCACGAGCCAGCAUGCGACCGUGAAGAAGCUCCAAAGCAGAGACGAUUCUGCAUUGCGGCGAGACGCUCCUUCGAGCUGGCUGGAUGUGGAUUUUCCCAAACGGACGCUCAAAGUCUCGCCGGCCAAACUGACCUCUUCUGGGAGCGAGAACAAUCUUCUGGACACUCCCGGUGACCGAGAUGAUAACGACUUCAUUGAGAAAAUCCAAAAGCUCUGUGCACCCUUCUCCCUCCCGCCGCGCAAACACAACCCGCUGCGGACGCCCCAGCCGCCGUUCGCCAUGCCCGCCAUCAAAGAGGCCCGCUGCGAGAAGACGUUUGACCCAGAGGAGUUCAAGUUUGGCUUGAGCAAGAAGAGUCAGUUCUGUGAGGACACGGCCCCGAGCCUCCUAGCCUCCAAGUACCAGGACAAGGAGACAAAGGCCAUCCUUAAGCCUGCCAGGGCAAGCUUCGCCGACAGGAGCAUGCUGCUCGGUAUUCUGGACCCUCACUCUCGCCUCAGGGACAACACCCCCGUCAAAGAGGAGAACGAUGUCAAGGAAGAGCGAGAGGACCCGAUCAAGGUGAAGUCUCGCUUGGAGGGCAGCUGCGUCCUCAACAGCCUCACCUCCUCCGGCCUCAGAGGGAGGAGGAACGGAGCCGCGUCGCCCGGCGAAGGCCCGCAGCUGAGCCCCACGGGCGAAUACCAGCCGCCCCCGCCGAGCCCGACCGGCAGAGCUCCGCUCAGAGAGGGAGCCCGCACGGCCGACUCUGUGCUCGGUGACUCAGGCCUUCCACUUCCUGCUUUUAAUGACAUCAAGCUGCCGGACUAUUUGGAGAAGUACCUCCCACAAGAACCAGCGAAACCAGAGCACAGCAUAAAAGGAGAAGAGCGAGUCGCGCCCGAGGUUAUUGGAAAAAUGACAUCUGCAGCAUCUGGAGGCGAGGCAGACCUCGCUGUGAAACUAGGUCGACUGCUUCCUGCGCCUCCACGUCUUCCUGAGAUUCCUCCAAGCACACAUCCAACACUGUUUGAGCUUAAGAAGCCCCCGGCUUUGCCACAGGCAGUACUGAGUCAUAAUGAAAGAACUGAAAAGGGAUUUCACAAGCGCCCUGGAAAGAUGGAGUUGUUUGAAAAACCUCAGUUCAGCGGCCAGGUGCAUGAGAUCUACCGGGAUACGGCAGAUGCUACUUCUCUGCAGCUCUCGCCUGUGAUAUCUGUGAAGGUUGUCAGAGGAUGUUGGGUGAUCUAUGAGAAGCCUGACUUCCAGGGACGCUGCAUCGCCUUGGAGGAGGGAGGCACGGAAUUGACAAAUAUUUGGGCGGAGGCCGGUCCGGAGACAGAACCACAGAACAACCCGCCAAUGCUAAUUGGCUCGAUUCGACUGGCUGUCUCGGAUUACAGCCUCCCUCACAUUGACCUGUUUACGGAGCCGGGGGGCCUGGGCAGAGUGACACCUUAUCACGAUGACACCGUGGAGACGGGCUCGUUUGGCGUCCCGCUGAGCACCGCUUCCAUCCGAGUGCACUCCGGCGUGUGGCUGGUGUUCAGUGACCCCGGCUUCCAAGGCAUGAUAACGGUCCUGGAGACGGGAGAGUACCCUCACCCCGACUCCUGGGGCUUCACGUCACCCUUUGUUGGAUCUCUCAGACCACUUAAAAUGGGUGGUUUCAAAGUGGAGAAUCCCAAUGACGUCAAGGCUGUGUUGUACGGGGAGCCCGGCCUCGAGGGCGCCUCUGUGGAAAUCGACAGUGACGUAUUCAGUUUUUGUGAAAGUCAAGGAGACGUCGCUACGGACGGAGACUCCAGCAAACCGCUUUCUGUGGCGUCUUUAAAGAUCGUGGGAGGACUCUGGGUGGGCUACAGCGAGCCAGGGUUCGAGGGCCAGCAGUACGUCCUGGAGGAGGGAGAGUACCUGCACUGCGGCGACUGGGGCGGCUGUGACCAGCUGGGCUCACUGCGACCCAUCUCGGCUGAUUUCAUGUCUCCGCACCUGAAAAUGUUUAGCGACAAAGACUUCGGCGAGCUCGGAGUCAACAUCGACCUCACGGUGCCCGUUAUUGACAUGGAGGGCACAGGCUACGGCGUGAGGACACAGUCGAUCGACGUCAUCGCCGGCGUCUGGGUUGUGUUCGAGGAGGCGGGCUUCUGUGGCGAGUGCUACCUCCUGGAGAAAGGCCUGUAUGGAAGCCCUGAGGACUGGGGGGCGCUGCAGCCCAGAGUGGCCUCAGCCAUGCCCGUUGUGUUGGAUGAUUUUGAGAAUGCAGAUAAGUUUAAGCUGCAGAUUUUCUCCGAGCCGGGUUUUCAGGGCUCCGUUGUCCCCCUGGAGGACAGCGUGGCCUCGCUGCAGGACGGCGUUUCUGUGGCCUCAUGCAAGGUCCUGGCUGGAAGCUGGCUGGCGUUUGAGGGUCGGGACUUCACAGGCAGAAUGUACUUGUUAGAACUGGGGAGCUACCCUGACCCGAGGGCAAUGGGCUGCGCCAAUGCCAAAUGCUCCAUCCUGUCGCUACAGACCGUUGGCUUUGAGUUUUCGCUGCCAUCCAUCACUCUGUUUGAGCGCUGUGGCCUGUGGGGUAAGAGGGUGGUGCUGACGGAGGGGUCGGUGAACCUGCAGCUAGUGGGAGGCUGCAGCAGAGUCCAGUCUGUGCUGGUGGAAGGAGGCAUGUGGGUUUUAUACGAGGGAAUCAACUAUCGGGGGCCUCAGAUCUUGCUGAAACCUGGCGAGGUGCCUGACUGGCGCAAAAUCAGCGGCUGGCAGAAAAUCGGAUCGCUUCGCCCUCUCAUGCAGAAGCGAGUGCACUUCCGUCUAAGGAACAGACAGACGGGGCUCAUGAUGUCCGUGACCGGAGAUUUGGGUGAUGUCAAACUGAUGCGGGUCCAGGAAACAGAGGAGACCGAUGGAUUCGAACAGAUCUGGCACUACCAAAACGGACACCUCCACUGCAAGCUGCUGGAGGAGUGCUGCCUGAGUCCCAGCGGCAGCGUGACGAUGGCGGGGAGCCGCGUGGGUCUCUCCCCAGAGCCAGACAACCAGGACAACCUCUGGAGCAUCACGCCUCAGGGCUUCAUCCGCUACAGCCCCACGCCCGAUCUGGUCCUGGAGGUCAAAGGGGGCAAGCACUACGACAAAAACCAAGUGAUUCUAAACAAACUUAAUCCGGCUAAACUGGAUCAACAGUGGGAUGUGGAGAUCAUAUGAAAACGUGACUGGACUGGAUCCUUAAUAAUAGCAGAGGAACACCUCCACCAGAGGCUCCGUCAUGCACCUGCAAGACGACUGCUCACAAACGAGGUACAAAGUUGGAAAUGCUGGACCUGCUGCCGGAAGACUUCAAAACGUCAGGCCAGAGGAACAAGACGGAAAGCUGUGGAUGAAUCUUGUGUGAACGCAUGAAUACCCAGAGCAGAGUCUGAACUCCAUAUUCUACACUUGACCAGUACUAUAUCCUCAAGCUGCUUAUUAUUUUUAUCUACCUGAUAAAACAGUGUUAAAACAUUUCCAUACCUUUACCAAACUUUAUAUUGUUGAUGUAAAGUUGUUUGUUUGUGUAGAUAUAUACAUCCUUAAUUCUAAGCUGCAUCCAAAUUGAGGGAACAAAAUACAACUUCUUGUGAUUCUUUUCCUU